AUUACUCCGCUGCAUAUUAAGUGUACCUUACUACUCUCAUCUGUCUGCGUCUAAAUCUCCGCUACCCCAUCCUCCUCCUCGCGGCGACGGUCGCGGCGUGACUAUUGCUGUGUCAGAAGAUAGACUAGAUAUAUAGAGAUGGAUGAGGAAUAUUUGAAGCUGUUUGUGCAGGAGACGUCCUUCUACAACGACAUUGUUCUGGCCUCUCUCUUGCCGGAGAGAUGGUGGGCUCCUCUCCCACACUUCUUCCGGGGAUGGCUCCGCAACUACAUUGGCGGCACCUUACUUUACUUCGUCUCCGGCUUCCUCUGGUGUUUGUAUAUCUACCAUCUCAGGCGAAAUGUCUACGUUCCUAAAGAUGCUAUCCCUUCAAAUAAAGCCAUGCUCUUGCAAAUAUAUGUGGCGAUGAAAGCAAUGCCUUGGUAUACUCUUCUUCCCACACUCUCUGAGCACAUGAUUGAAAAUGGACGAACAAAGUGCUUUUCGAGAAUAAGCGAUGUUGGUUGGCUUCCCUACCUAUUAUAUCUCAGUGCUUAUCUUGUAUUUGUGGAGUUUGGAAUUUACUGGAUGCAUAGAGAGUUGCAUGACAUAAAGCCUCUUUACAAGUAUCUUCAUGCCACUCAUCACGUCUACAACAAGCAGAAUACGCUAUCUCCUUUUGCUGGUUUGGCAUUCCACCCACUGGACGGCAUACUGCAGGCAGUACCACAUGUGGUAGCUCUCGUCCUGCUGCCCAUGCAUUUUACUACACACAUAGCCCUCUUAUUCAUGGAGGCUGUAUGGACUGCAAACAUCCAUGACUGCAUACAUGGUAAAAUAUGGCCUGUAAUGGGUGCUGGUUACCAUACAAUUCACCACACCACAUAUCGCCAUAAUUACGGCCACUACACAAUAUGGAUGGACUGGAUGUUUAACACGCUUCGCGACCCUGAGGAGGAUGAGGCCAAGAAGCCGUAAUGUGUAAUUUGAUUUUUUUUUUCACCUUUUGUUUUUGCCUGAGGGAGGUGGGGGAAGGGGGGUCGGUUGUCCUACAAAGUUAAUAGAAUUCUGGUACUUAGCCUGGUUGUUUAGUUGGAUUUCUGCACUUAAAGUGAAGGAUGAUAUGGGAAGACCUCAUUCUCGUGUUAGUGUUUCUAUAUGCGAGGUAGAUAAUAUAAAUUGUGCUGGUUUACGACAUGAUUAUGUAGAAGUUUCAUUUAGUUGUCUUC